AUGUAUGAUGGUGGCUUGCUUCCAAGAUUAAAUUUUACUGAUAAACAAGUUGUUCUACCUGAGCAUAAACCACGAGAUUUUUGGGCCCCACAUCGAGCACAUUUUGGUCAAAAUGACUACAUUGAUAUUCUAGGCGACGGAAAAAUAAAACCACGUGAUUUUUAUACUGGACCUCCAUGGGUGUUAGGUGCACGAAAUGAAUAUCAACGUGUAUGCUCGCGACUUAACAAUCCAGCUAUCGUUGCAUGGAUGGAAGAGUUCGAACCAUCUAAAUUGACAGCUGAGUAUAAAUUGCAAAGAUACUUGUUCAAGAAAGUGAACAAGCGUAAAAAUAUCAAAUUUGAACGUUACCGUGAUUCUCCUUAA